UCAAACGGCAAACCCACCUAAACAAACCGAACAUCUCCGAGCGGCGUCGUAGGUUCUGUUUAAUAUUUUUGCUUCAAUUCCGUGGAUUGUUUUCACGAUAUGGAUUUGGACUCGUAUAAAUAUGUGGAAUUGCAGCGCCUCUCUAAGGAGGUCGGACUGAAAGCCAAUAUGAAGGCUGAUAAGCUGUUGAAGGCUUUGAAACAACACUUCUCGCAACAACAGCCGGCUUCUGAAAACGGGAAUGAUGCGCCAAAAGAGGACGCUCCCGUAGAUACGCAGGAAACUCGCACCGCUGUGUUCGUGACUGAACGCCGAGGGAAGAGCCGAACUGUCAAGAGAAAACUCUGCGACCCCACACCAGUCACUGCUGAGAUUGAGGAGAAGCCGGUACAGGCGGAAGAGAGCCGAAGUGGCACCAAAAGAAGAAAAGUGUCCUCAACCAAGGACACUUCACUUCCACCUGAAAUUCCUGGUGAUAAGGAUGCUUUGGAGAAAAAUAGAGAAACCGGAGACACCAAUUCAGAUGCUCACAAACAGAAAGGUGCUGGGAGAAAGACAGCAGGCAAAAUCCCUCGUCAUGAGGGUUUAAUGAAGAAGAAGCCAGCUCUACGGCCCACAACUCCAAACUUUAAAAAACUUCAUGAAGCUCACUUUAAAAAGAUGGAGUCAAUCGAUUCUUACGUCCAGAGAAAGAACAAACAAAUGGAGGUGCUGAGAAAUUCUGUCAAGGAACUAAAGAAUCUGUCAGAAAAUACACUGAUGAAAUCUGUUGAAACAAAGCUGCCAGUUAGCCGAGCAUCACUCUUCAGCCCUGGAGUGCAGGAAAAGAAGCAAAUCCCAGAAAGACGCAGGCUUACUCAGCAGUCCGCCAAUAAACCUGCUUUAAAGGACAGCACCACCUUUAAGCCAACUGUCCUCACAACAAAUAAAAUCAAUGUUCGGUUCUCAAAGGCCACUCAAGAUAAUGAAUACAAGCGUUCACUUGUGAAGACCCCGGCACGUAUGUCUCCUCUCGUCCCCCUUACCUCCACUCCAGGGAGAAAAUCUGAUAUUCACUCCAAAUCUGAAUUGAAUAAAUCUACCAAUCAGAUCAAUAAAACACCUGGAGUUGCAACAUUUGUUUUCAGUGGAAACAAUAGUGUGUCAGUCACACCAGGCAACACCAAGAACAACACAUUUGAUCUUAAGGCGAGUCUCUCUCGCCCAUUAACCUACAAACCACACAAAGGGAAGCUGAAGGCUUUUGGAGCCGCACAGGAGAAUUCAGCACUUAAUAAAUCUCAGACUCUUCCUUCACAUCAGAAAAACUAUAAACAGCACCAAGUACAAACCAGAGACGAGCGACGUGUCCGACAGGUGGAGGACAGGAAACAAAAGAAAGAGAUGAUGUUGGGUGCCAAACGAGGCCUGGUCAUGACAUAAUUCCAAUGUUCUUUUGGUUUUUAUAGUUACUGUAACUUCAUAUCCUGCUUAAUUUCAAAAUGUUGUACAUUUUUUUUUCACCCCUCUUUUGUAUAUGACUAUUUUAGCUGUUUGUGAGUUAAAUGUUAAUUUGUAUAUUACGAGGUGAGACAAAAAUGAUGUUUGUUCAUCAGAGAAAAAAAACCUUAAAUGGAAAUUAACUCUUUAUAUAGUUUUAAAACAUUGUUCCUGGUUAAUGUGUGUCAUGCGAUUAAAAAGAUUUGGUACACCCAGUUAAAAUGUAAUUGGGUCAUUCCUACAAUUUGAAUAAGAAAAUAAAUAUGAUCCUAGCUAUGAUAAAAAGGUAAAAUUUUGCUUUGUAUGUAAAAGAAAACAAAGAUCUUCUCACUCCAUUUAGAUAAAUAAAUAAAAUCAGGUUGGAACAAUAAUUCAAUAUUAUUAACUAAAAUUUUACUGGGAACUUAAGUUACCAAAUCGUAGAAUGACCACAUCUAAACCACUUCAAUUAAGAGAGCAUUUGCCAAGUCAAACAAAACUUCAUUUUACAGCAAUAGUCUUAAAUUAACAUUUUGUUCUUUUGUGUCUUAUUUUAUGUGUGUGUCAGUAAACAUGUUUAUAAUAAAGCAGUACAUUACAUUA